AUGCCUCUCUUCCCAAGCAUCAGAGCUAUGAAGGAGAGAUUGGGGAGAUCAUCUUCAAAUACUUCGCUGCCAACAAGGCCGAUUGAACGCGGACGCACACCAAACGAAGCCCGUCUAAACCUCUAUCCAGCAUGUUCUAUCUCUAAUACGACUACGGUUGUCAAGCCCUCGCCCGGUCACAUCAAGCUCUACUCGGGGCAAUACUAUGCGGCCUGCACACUCGGCGGUCUUCUUGCCUGCGGCUUAACCCACACCCUAGUAACGCCCCUCGACCUAGUCAAAGUCCGCCGCCAGGUCGACUCAUCCCUCUACCCCUCCAACAUUCGCGGUCUACGGCACAUCUACCGCCACGAACUUGGCCUCCGCGGUAUCUUUACUGGAUGGGUGCCCACUUUCUUCGGCUAUUCGGCACAGGGCUCCUUCAAGUACGGGUGGUACGAGGUCUUCAAAAAGACGUACUCCGACCUGGCCGGCCCGGAAAACGCGUAUCGGUACAAGACGGGUAUGUACCUUGCGGCAUCGGCAUCAGCAGAGUUUUUGGCGGAUAUCGCGCUAUGUCCGUUCGAGGCCGUAAAAGUGAGGAUGCAGGCGGGGAUUCCGAGCCCUUAUAAGGGCAUGACGGACGGGUUGCAGACGAUCACCACCGCAGAGGGGGUGGUGGGCGGGCUGUACAAGGGAUUGUACCCUUUAUGGGGCAGGCAGAUUCCGUAUACGAUGACGAAGUUCGCUUCGUUUGAGACGAUUGUUGAGCUGAUUUAUGAGAAGGGAUUACCUGGGAAGAAGAGCGAUUAUGGCAAGGCGGCGCAGACGGGGGUGUCGUUCACUGCGGGGUAUCUGGCGGGGAUAUUGUGUGCUCUGGUGUCGCAUCCGGCGGAUGUGAUGGUGAGUAAAUUGAAUGCGUAUCGCAAGCCGGAGGAGGGAUUUGGCGAGGUGGUGAGAAGGAUCUAUAAGGAUAUUGGGUUUCUGGGGUUGUGGAAUGGGUUGGGGGUGAGGAUUGUCAUGAUUGGGACGUUGACGGGGCUGCAGUGGAUGAUUUAUGUGAGUGCCUUCCUGGGUGGUUUUGAGAGGUCUCACGCUGACUCUGGUCAGGAUUAUUUCAAGAUUUUUAUGGGCUUUCCGACGACGGGGGGGCCGGCACCACCGUCGAAGAAGGAAGUUGCGCAGCAGUGA